CGUCGCACUCCUCCGUCGAGCCUGCGCCACCACCGCCUCCCCCGACUUCUGCUUCAACUACCUCUCCAAAACCCCCUCCGUCGCCUCCGCGUCGCGGCGGUCCCUGCCGGCGCUCGCCGCGGCGAUCACCGACACGGGGCUCACCUACGCGAAGCUGAUGAGGGAGUACGCGUCCAACAAGGCGGCGGCGCCGGAGACGCGCGCCGCCGCCGCCGGCGUACGCCGAGUGCGCGCGGCUCCUGGGUGACACCGCGACGCAGCUCGAGAUCGCCGCCCAGAUGAUCGAGCAGAUUGCGUCGGCCGCCACCGCGGUGGACGACGCGAGCUACUCGCUCAUGAGGUCCGGCGACGGCGUGGCGGCGUGCAAGCAAAAGCUGGCCGCCGUCAAGGUGGAGGACCGGUACGUGAAGGUAUCGUCGAAGCAUGUGGAGAUUUACAGCGUCGCCCCCGACAACAUUUUGACGGACUUGAAGCGUAACGGGAAGAAGGUGGUCAACUAAUUAUGGAGAUGGAUGGCGGAGGCCGCGGCGGAACACGGUGGUUAAUUCGAUGAUAUAAGUAUAUAUCGAUCAAGAGAUUGAAAAAACAUCUCUUAGUCACUCCGUAUGUAAAACUGAGUAAUCAAAUAUUCUGUUUCUCUAUAAAUUUUCUUCUAAUUAUGCAUUGGGAUAUUGAGUAUAAAAUUUCAUGAAUGCUCUUCUUAUUUACAUGUGAUUUUCUAUAAAAUGUGGAUGAGAUGAUUAAAUUAUUUUCACAUUGAAUUUCAUUAAUGCUUCUUAUUUACAGGGUGAUUUUUCAUAAACUACUUCAAUUUUU